AGUCUUCUCUCCAGAAGUUGCUGAGCCAGGGGCAUGCAGUCAACAUGAGAUAAAUCACAAAAUUGAUGGUUUCCGUUGAUGCAAAGGAUUUGAAUGGUAGGGAAGAAUGUCAGACCCUUCUCUGUCAGCUGGUAAUAUAAGCCAAGCUAUGGAGGAACUACCAGAUGCCUUUGAUUUCUGCUUGCGUGAUGAUGCCAGUUCUCUGGGCUCCGACUCUGAGCUGAAUGGCAUGGCUCCCUAUCGCAAGACGGAUCGCUAUGGCUUUAUUGGAGGAAGUAGCCUCCAAAAUGGCCAAGAUAAUCUCCCUGUUGUGCUCAUCCGACACCGUGAAACCAAAUGGCUGGAAAUGACAGCUCACUGGGAGAAAACCAUGGCCAGGCGCUACAGGAAGGUAAAGCUGCUGUGUCGAAAAGGAAUCCCUUCCUCUUUACGCGCACGCUGUUGGCCUCUGUUGUGUGGAGGACAGGCCAAAAUGGAGAGGAGCCCCGGAAAGUACCAGGAAUUGCUUGAUAUACCUGGUGAUGCUCAGUGGGUGGAGACUAUCACAAAGGACAUUCACCGCCAAUUCCCUUUCCACGAGAUGUUCUUGUCUCCUGAGGGUCCUGGACAGCAAGGGCUGUUGCAGCUGCUGAAAGCCUACACUGUGUAUCGACCCGAAGAAGGUUAUUGUCAAGCUCAAGGCCCAGUGGGUGCCCUGCUUCUCAUGCACAUGCCACCAGAGCAAGCGUUCUGGUGCCUGGUACAGAUCUGCGACCACUAUCUGCCUGGUUACUACAGUCCCCAAAUG